UGACUUAAAAUUAAGAUUGUGCAGAAAUGUUGUUAUUCUCAUGUUGUAAGAUUAAGGUUGUGGCAUUAAUUUCCUAACAAAACGAGAUACACAAAAGUUUAAUCGGUGUAUACACAUUUAAUUAUAUUUAUGACGUGAUAAUUUAAAUUUAUAAACAAUUUAAAACAUUUCCUAUCUGGUUUUUGAGUGUUGAUGUGGUUUCGCGGUUUCGAUAAUCUGUGUAGAUUCGAUUUGGGGUUUAAAUAUAAACUAGUAAGUGUUUUAUUUGCGAUUGAUUGAAUCUGAGCGCUCAGUGUCGGUUGUUAAUCAAACAUGAGGCUCAUAUUAUACAUAACAACAUUAUUAUGCGCGUGUUCUUGUUAUGCGCAAGAAUACGCAUUUCCUCCUAAUUUUCAAUUUGGAGUUGCAACAGCUGCGUAUCAAGUGGAAGGAGGAUGGAAUUCCAGUGGUAAAGGUGAAAAUAUUUGGGAUAGACUUACUCACACACGUUCAGAAUUAAUAACCGAUGGCAGCAAUGGUGAUAUAGCUUGUGAUACUUACAACAAGGCAAUAGAAGAUGUUCAACUCUUGAAAAGUUUAGGAGUAGAUUUCUAUCGUUUUUCCUUUUCUUGGUCUAGAAUUCUCCCAACAGGCACUGCAAAUAAAAUAAAUCCAGAUGGAAUUCGUUACUACAACGAAAUGAUCGAUGAACUUCUUGCGAACGGAAUCAAGCCAUUCGCAACCAUGUAUCAUUGGGACUUACCGCAACCUUUACAAGAACUUGGCGGAUGGCCGAAUUCGGUUAUAGCCGAUCUUUUUGCCGAUUACGCUAAUGUGCUCUAUGAAAAUUUUGGAGAUCGUAUCAAAGAUUGGAUCACUUUUAAUGAGGUUGGUGUAUUUUGCGGUGGAGGUUACGAAAGUGCUUCAAUGGCUCCGGCUUAUAAUGGAGCUGGGUUUGGAGUAUAUUUAUGUGGACACACUGUGUUGAGAGCACAUGGAAAAGCUUAUAGAUUAUACGAAUCAAAAUAUAAAGCUAGUCAAGGAGGACGAGUUGGAAUUACUAUUGAUAGUGGUUGGUAUGAACCUGCCAGUGAAAGUCCAGUAGAUAUUGAAGCUGCCGAAACAGCCAUUCAAAUGGGAUUUGGAUGGUUUGCUCACCCCAUUUUCUCAACUGACGGUGAUUAUCCACCGGUAAUGAAACAACGAAUUGCUCAAAAAAGUGCAGAGGAAGGUUUCUCCAGAUCGAGGUUACCAGAAUUUACAUCAGAAGAAAUCGCAGAAAUUCGCGGUUCAUCUGACUUCUUUGGAUUAAAUCAUUACACCACCAGUAGAUGCACCAUAAUUCCUGAUGGUUGGGGAACCCCACCCUCUCAAUGGACCGAUGCUGGUGCAUUGUGUUCUCAAGAUGCCGAUUGGGAACCAUCAGCUUCAUCAUGGUUAAAAGUAGUUCCAUGGGGAUUUAGAAAAUUGUUAGUUUGGAUUAAAAACGAAUACAAUAACCCUGAAGUUGUCGUUACAGAAAACGGUUUUUCCGAUAGAGGUGAAUUAAGAGAUUGUCGGAGAAUUAAUUAUUAUAACUCCUAUUUGGAACAACUUCUCAAAGCUAUCCACGAGGAUGGAUGCAAUGUUAGUGGUUAUACAGCGUGGAGUUUUAUGGAUAACUUUGAAUGGAUGAGAGGGUUUACUGAAAGAUUUGGACUUUAUUAUGUAGAUUUUAAUGAUCCAAAUCGACCAAGAACACCCAAAAUGUCCUACUAUGUCUACAAGAAUAUUUUGGCCACUAAAAGAGUUGACUGGAAAUAUAGUCCCGAUUCAUUUGAUGAAUGUGAAUUUUGAAAAGCACUUAUUUGAAUAAAAUUUUUACUGUUUUCUGAAAAUAAAUGAUAUAAUCUAUUAAUA